AUGGCGGACGAUAUUCUCACAACACCUUAUCAAACAUACCAUCGUAAAUCGUACGCCGCUAUCGAUCCCACUCAACCAGCGCUGUCCACCAAAUCAAAAUCAGCAGUGGUAACCGGUGCGGGUUCGGGAAUUGGAGCAAGCAUCGCCGUUUCCCUUGCCAAAUCCGCCAUCUCGUACAUAGCUCUUAUCGGGCGUCGAGAGCAUGCUCUUCAAAAGACCAAAUUAGCCAUUGAAGCUGUCUCCACCAGCACCAAAGUAUACGUCUACACUUUGGACAUCACCGAUCCGACCGCAACAAAUGAAGCGCUCAAUGCUUUCGCUGAAAAAUGUGCAAGCGGCAAAAUUGAUAUUCUAGUUGCCAACGCGGGUUCUUUAGGACCUUUGAGCUCGAUACGGGACGCGAACCCGACGGAGUGGUGGAACGGAUUUGAGAUCAACAUCAAGGGUAACUUUAAUCUCAUCCAGGCGUUUCUGCCCCGGGCAAACACCGCCUCCGCAAUAAUCCAUAUUUCGUCGGCUGCCAUCCACGGUCCGUAUUUCCCGAAAGAAUCGAGCUACUGCGCAUCCAAGAUCGGUGCAGCAAAGCUUUUCCAGUACGUGCAUUACGAACACCCAGAGAUAUUUGUGCUCUGUCUGCAACCUGGUCUUGUAGGGGAGACUGAAAUGUCCGCCGGGUUUGAAAACAUUGCGAAAGGCAUGCAGAUAGAGAUGGCUGACUUGCCAUGGGAUGACGCCGAUCUCCCUGCUGACUUUGUCGUCUGGGCUGUGAGCUCAGAAGCGCGCUUCCUAAAUGGUCGGUUUGUGUGGGUUAAUUGGGAUGUCAAUGAGCUCAAGGACGACAAGGAUACGAUUUUGGCCAAUCCGACGAAAUUUACACUGGGUCUAAUUGGAAGCUCCAGUUGA